AUGGCGAUACACAGGACAAAAACAAGCCUGUCGCAGAGUCUACCACAGGUGGUGAAAACCAGGGUUGUCAGCACCGACAAGGAACGACAUCUUGAUUCGCGGCGAAGAGUCAUCUAUUCAGCCCAUAUCAUGGUGAACCCACUCCUCGAGAAGCACGCCAUCACUUCGGAUCGCGCACACACCUUCACCCACACCCUAAUGAAGCAGGUCGUCACGGUCUCCGACCUGCAAAACAACCCCGAUCAUAUUGAAUUUUCUGAGCGCAAGGUCUGGCAACUUCACGACGGUUUGUGGGUGUUCCUCCGCCGCGAGAGCCACACCGGGAUCAAUGCCAAUGGGCAAAGACCACCCAGAAACUUCGGCAUACACCUGCGUAAGUUGGACCGCCUAAUCAGGAAAGGGAAGGGCAUGCAAGUCAAAAUCCUCGAGAUGUACGGUGUUCUUGUCGAUGAUUGCGAUAACGACUGGGCGGCCGGGCACAACCACCACGUGGACGAGAUGUGGGACGGUUCCCGCAGCUAUUCGCAAACGAUAAAAACAAUAGCAAAGAAAGCGAAGACGAUAACAGACACAAAAACAACAAGAGCGCUGGAGGUCGUCGGCGGUGUGGACUAG